CAUUGGACCUUUGGACAUCCGAAUUACUAUUAGUUAUUUCAAACAGAAUCCUAUUUCCUUUCAACUAUCUUGCGGGAAAGUUGAUUUGUCCCCUAUCACUGUUGUCUGUAUUUGUCUCGUUGGUCUCGCUGGGAAUCUCAAGGAGUUAGAGGCUGCUGCAGAGCUCAGGGAGAAGUUUGUUCCAUCAAUCGUUUCAUAUAUUUUUAGGACCUGGGAUUAACUUGGAAAUAGACCUUCCUUUUACAUUUUUCAUCACCGCAAAGCUCCCUUGUCGACUAAUCCCACCCUCUAAUUCAGUAAUCACAAUGUCCACCAAUCCUAUUGUUCUUGCCCGUGGACACACUGAAGCAGUCACAACUUUGUCACUUUCUGAUCAUCUGCUGGCAUCUGGAAGUGCGGAUGGCAAUACCUAUUUCUGGUCUCUGGAUCAAAGUCCUUGUCCUGUUCUCCAGGCUCCAAGAUAUGGUCACUGUUCUAGUAUCAAAUUUAGUGUCAAACAAGAAAAUAUACUCUACGGGGCGUAUAGCCAAGAAAUUAUCUCGUGGGAUAUACGCAACUUAAGACAGCUAUUCGAUAUUUGGAAAGUUAAUGAAGGGAGAGUAAAUUCGAUUGACGUAUCUGAGACUGAAGACCGGCUGGCGUCAGCAGAUGAUACUGGUACAGUACAGAUUAUUGAUCUGAGUAAUGGUUCGCUUGUUCGUACUCUCAAGAAACAUGAUAACAGCGUGUCUUCAGUUAAGUUCCGACCGGGUCGUCCCUGGCAGCUGGUGAGCGGUGGUGUCGACUGUAAAGUUGUCGUAUCCGACUGGCGGGGAUCAGGCUUGGCGGUUAAUAUUUUUGAGCUGAGUGAAAUUGCUGACUACUCUGGCUCAGACUCAAACAAUGUUGAGGCUGACGAUUCUUAUAUAGACAGUAUAGAUGAUGAAUCCUUGAAUGUACUCCUCCGUUCCAACUCCACCAUGAACUUUGACGGGGGUAAUACCAGAACGAAUGACCGCAUUCGAGAUCGGUUCGCCGAGCAGAUUGCCCGGUUGUUUCUUAUCCCUACGCCAGUGUCAUUCAGUCGGGAUCGCCAGCGUCGUAACAUAUCAGCCAGACGUCCUUGCAUCAAUUCAGUUUCCUGCUCGAUGUCCGGUGACAUCGUUGCUGCCUCACUUGAUAGCAAGACCAUUGAAUUGUUUUCCGGUUAUGGUAAACAUUUGA